GUUCUUCAAGCGCCACAAUGGACUCUGCUCUAGUCGCCGACCUGCUCAACGAACCAAUCCCUGCUCCUCCUACAGGCAGGGCAGUCGUACACGACAAGUACGAUCUUACUCGUGUUCCGAAGCAUCCUGGAGAAGGCUGGACCCGCUUCGUCUGCAUCUCAGACACCCACUCACAUGUUUUCCAUGUCCCUCCUGGUGACGUGCUGCUUCAUGCUGGCGACCUCUGCAGACAUGGCACGCUCAAAGACCUCGAGGGUACCCUGAACUGGCUCAAGGGACUUCCUCAUCUCGCUAAAUAUUUCAUGGCAGGCAACCACGACUUAUGUUUAGACAAGCAGUACGAAGACGGUGGUAGCUUGAGUACAUUCAAGCCGUAUGGCCUGCGAGGCAAGGAUGUCGCGACGGCACGCAAGUUGGUUCACAGUUACCCUUGCCGCAAAGCGGGGAUGCAUUACCUCGAACACAAUACCGCCACAUAUACCGCCAAAAGUGGUAAGACGUAUACAAUUUAUGGUUCACCUGCGGCUCCGUUCUAUUCCAUCGGCGCCUUCCAGUACGUCGCGGAGGACGCCGAGGCCAUCUACGCCCGCAUUCCGCCCUCUGUCGACAUCCUCAUGACCCAUACGCCCUCCCAUGGAGUCUGCGACCUGACCAAGCGCGGCAAGCACGCCGGGUGCCCCAAGCUGGCAGAACGCCUCGCUCACGACGACCUGAAGAGCUGUAGGUUACACCUCUGCGGGCACAUACACGAAGCCCACGGCGUCGCCGUUGUCGGUCAGAGCGAGCAGAAUCCGGACGGGAGGAUUCAUGUCAAUGCGGCUCUGCCGGUCACGCCGCUACCCAUCAUCAUUGACCUCAAAGACUGACGUAUACCCGCCUGGUGGACGCGCUGAUCAACGAUAUUUGUACAUAUAUACGCUCGUAUACCCCUUCAACCUCGAU